CCUUUGACCUCUUACCUUCUUCUUCUUUAUAUUCAUAAGUCUUUAUUCAUUCUCUAGCUUUCACCACUGGCAUACUCAUACUGACAUUUUGUCAUGUUUUUCUCUACUUUAUGCAGCGGACCAUGUGUCAACUUUUGUCAUGUUUGUACAGACGCAGAGACCAACAGGGGAGUAUAUGUUUGAGUUUGAUGAGGAUGAGAUGUACUCUGUGGAUCUGGACAAGAAGGAGACCGUCUGGCAUCUGGAGGAGUUUGGCCGAGCCAUAUCCGUUGAGGUUCAGGGUGGGCUGGCAAACAUUGCUGCAUUGAACAACAACUUGAAUAUCAUGAUCCAGCGUUCCAACCACACUCAGGCCACCAAUGAUCCCCCUGAAGUGACUGUGUUUCCCAAGAAGCCUGUGGAGCUGGGCCAGCCCAAUAUCCUUAUCUGCCACAUUGACAAGUUCUUCCCACCAGUGCUCAACGUCACGUGGCUGUGCAAUGGGCAGCCGGUCACUGAGGGUGUCGCCGAGGGCCUCUUCCUGCCCGGAACAGAUGGCAGCUUCCACAAGUUCCAUUACCUGACCUUUGUGCCCUCAGCUGAGGACGUCUAUGACUGCAGGGUGGAGCACUGGGGCUUGGACCAGCCACUCCUCAAGCACUGGGAGACCCAAGAGCCUAUCCAGACACCUGAGACGGCGGAGACUGUGCUCUGUGCCCUGGGCCUGGUGCUGGGCCUAGUGGGCAUCAUCGUGGGCACUAUCCUCAUCAUAAAAUCUCUGCGUUCUGGCCGUGACCCCCGGGCCCAGGGGUCCCUGUGAAAUACUGUAAAGGUUGGAAUGUAAAGAGGAGGCCCUAGGAUCUGUAGAAUAUAAGGAAGAGAGGAAAAUUUAAAUCUGAUAAGUGUUCUUUGAUCUGAUAAGUGUUCUUGGAUCUCCUAAUGGGUUAAAAGCAUUCAGCCACAUAAAAACAGCUAAAAACAACAACAUUGAUAACUGAGUAGUUAAUAUGCUCAGGAGCUAAUCUGAGCAUUUACAUUUAUUAACUCACUUUAUUCUCACAAACAGUCUUUGAGGUGGGUACUAUUGUUUUCAACAUUUCACAUGAGAGAUACUUAUAUCUUUUCACAUAUACAGAGACCUUAAGCACCUUGAUCAAGUUUCCACAACUAUGAAGUAGUUCCAUCUGGAUCCAAGACUGUUUAUCCAUUGUCCAACACACCCUAUUUUGUGAAGAAAAAGACCAAGUUCAGAUUUUCCAAGAGUCCAUUGUCUAGUAAUGGAGCCAGAUCUAUAUUUCUAUACAUAAUUACAACACAGUGAGGUGGGUGCCUGUAACUAUUUACUGUCUCUCCUUGAACUCACUCCAUAGCAAUGCUCACACAAAAAGUGCCCCUCCUGAGAUCUUAUAGUUUUUUAUUGAUCAUAACACUCACCAUGUUAUAUAUUUUUAUAUGUUUUGAGAAUUCCCUUAGCAUUAGUGAGCUUCCAUGCAGAUGACCACAUCUAAUUCAUUAUUAUUAUUGUCAUUCAUGCUGGACCUCAGGUACAAAUGGUUAAGAACUUCUCAGUUCCUUAUACUAUCAUCAUUGGUGCCUCUGAGCUCUCUCUCUUGAUUUAUGUGGUCCCUUUUAUCCUCAGUCCUUACUCCCAUAUCUAUUCUCCUACCCCUACCUCAUAGGUAAACAUUUUAAUGAAUUUGAUUUUUUUUAUUUGCAUAGAUCCAGUAUAAUAUGUAGUUGUGCCCAGUGUACAUGUAUUUCUAAUUAACCAAAAUGGCAUUAAAUUAUAGAUCUAAUUUUGUACAUUUAGUUUGUUUUUCCCAGAUCUUCCAUAGUAUUCCACUCUAUACAUCCAUGCAUUAGUCCAUUUUGCAUUGCUAUAAAGGAAUAUCUGAAGUUACCUAAUUUAUGAGUAAAAGAGCUUUAACUGGCUCACAGAUCUGUAGGUUGUACAAGAAGCAUGGCACCAGCAUCUGGUUCUGUUGGGGGAUUCAGGAAGCUUUAACUCAUGGUGGAAGGCAAGGGGAGCUGGUGCAUCUCAUGGUCAGAGAGGGAGAAAGAGAGAGAGAAAGAGGUGCCAGGCUCUUUUUAACAACAACCAGGUUUCAUGCGUACUAAUGGAGUGAGAACGCACUCAUUACCCUGGGGAGGGCACCAAGCCAUUCAUGAGGGAGGCUCCUCUAUGAUUCAAAUACCUUGCACCAGGCCCCACCUGCAACAUUGGGGAUCAAUUUUCAACAUGAGACUUGAAAGGAACAAAUAUCUAAAUCACAUCAAUCCACAUAUCUAUAUUGCUCCUGGGAUACCUGGAUUAUCCUGGUUCUCUACUGUUGCAAGCAAUCCUUAUAUCUCACAUGGACCUGCAUAUGCAUGUGGACCUGACCUGCAUCCCUGGAAUGUAUGUAUCCUAGAAAGGGGUUGCAGGGCUGCUGGAGAUGCAGCUCCUUCAUUUGACUAAGUACUGCUCAUGUGCUCAUCAGAAUGGCUGUACUCAUCUGUACUUCCUUUGUCAGUACCUGAAAUGCCCUGCAACUCCUAAAUGCACAUCAACAUUGGACAUUAUCCAGUUUUCUAACUUUUGCCAAUUUCAUGUGCAUAAAGAAAUAUACUGUUUUAUUUUGCA